CCGAUUGCGAUCGAUCUGAAGGCAAUGGCAAACUCGUCGCAACCACCGGCGAUCGCUCCUACGCUGGCCCUCGCUGCCGUCUCGCCCUCCUUCCGCCUCCAGUCCCCGAGCUUGAACUCCAUCCGCCUCCGCCGCGUCUUCGAUCUCUUCGACCGCAACGGCGAUGGCGAAAUAACCGUCGCCGAGCUCCGCCUCGCGCUCGAGCGCCUGGGCCUGGCCGUCGAUCACGAAGAGCUCGCCUCGACCGUGGCCGCCUACGUCCGCCCCGGCCGCGCCAGCCUUGACUUCGAGGACUUCGAGGCCUUCCACCGCGCGGUGGGGGACGCCCUCGUCGGCGGCGACGGCGGCGUCGAGGAGGCGGAGCAGGUGGAGAGCGACAUGAGGGAGGCAUUCGGCGUGUUCGAUCAGAACGGGGACGGUUUCAUAUCAGCGGCGGAGCUGCAGGCGGUGCUCCAGAAGCUAGGGCUGUUUGAGGGGCGCAGCAUCGACGGCGUGCACCGCAUGAUCUCGGCCGUCGAUCGCGACUUCGAUGGACGGGUGAACUUCUCCGAGUUUAAGAACAUGAUGCGCAACAUUGAGCUAUCCGCAUCUUAAUAAUUACAGACAUUUCGGUCUUUCUUUUUCUUCUUCUGAUAC